AUGCUCCCUUCUACUGGUGAUCCUUCUACUGAUGGAGAAUCAAGUGGUUCUGGUACAGGUUCUGGAGGCGCUAGUCAAUCUGGUACUACUUGUCCACCUUGUACAGGAUCAGCUUGUAAUAAUAAUUGUGCUUUAUGCUCAACAGCUAAUUAAAAUAUUUGUAUUACUUGUAAAAAUAAUUUUGCUUUAGUUUCUAGUAAUAACUGCUCAACAUGCGGCUCAAGUUAAUAUUUUAAAACUACUACUUAACCUUGUGGGUAAUGUCCUCAAAAUUGUUCAAUUUGUAGUAGCUCUUCUAGUUGUAGCGUAUGCAAUACUAACUAUGAAUUGAACUCCUCAAAUAAUUGUCAAAUUUGCAAAAUUAAUAAUGGGUAAUUCUAUGAUUCCUAAAAAUUUUAAUGUGGAAAUUGUCCUAGUAAUUGCUUAACGUGCAAUAGUUCUAAUGAUUGUUCUGUAUGUUAAAGUGACUAUUAAGUAAACUCUUAAAAAAAUGGUUGUUAAGCUUGCUUGAUAAACUAAGGAUAAUAUUAUGAUUCUAGUUAGAAAAUAUGUGGUUAAUGUCCUUCUUCGUGUUUGAUUUGUAUGAGUUCUUAAGAUUGCAGUGUAUGCUAAUAAAAUUAUUAAUUAAACUCCUUAAAUAAUGGUUGUGAAGCUUGCUUAAUAAAUUAAGGCUAAUACUAUGAUUCUAAUACAAAAACAUGCAUUAAUUGCUUGUAAAAUUGUUUGAAAUGCACAAAUUAAUCAAGUUGCAUAGUAUGUGCUCCUGGAUACUAUCUUGACUCUAAUUAAUGUACUAAAUGCUCUGGCUCAUGUCUUACCUGUAAUGGAUCUUCUCAAAAUAAUUGCCUUUCUUGCAGCAGUGAAUAUUUUUUUUACACAAAUAAUUCAACAUGUCAAAAAACUUGUGAUAUCAUGGGAGGCUUUUUCAUAGAUUAAGGUAAAUGCUCUCCUUGCGAUCAAUCAUGUAAAACUUGUAACGGACCAAAUAACUCUCAAUGCAUUACUUGUGCCACUGGACUUUACAAAUAUGUAGGAGAUAAUCUUUGUAAAGCUUGUCCAGCCACAUUAGUUUAAACUACAGUUAUCAAUUGUAAUAAUUCUUCCUAGCAAUGUUUAUAUAAUAACCAAACUAAAAGUUAUGAGCUAAUUACCAUUUGUCUUGCUUGUAAUUAAGGAUAUUCUUUAAUUAAUAACAUUUGUGUAGAUAGUUGUUCCCUAAUCAGUCAGAAUUACUAUUUAAAUGUAAACACAAAUUAGUGCGAAUGCUCAUUUAGUUUUCCAUAUAAGCAUAUUAAACAAAAUAAUUCAAUAUUUUGUAGUAGCUUCUAGUAGUUAGGAUACUUUUGUGAUAAUAAUAAAAUCUGUCAUGAGUGCAGUUAGUUAAAUUGCUAAACAUGCUAAGAUUAAAACACCUGCACAUUAUGUAGCAGUGGAUAUUAUCUUUGGUUGAAUGAAUGUCUUUAAUCUUGUCCAUCUUCUAGAAACUUAUAAAUCUCAAACUCUAAAGCACAAUGUGAAUGCAUCUAAGAUUAUAUCUUAAUUAAUCCUGACAAUAUCUGUGUUACAAAAUUGAUUAUUACUUAAAUUAAUCUCUCUAAAAAUUCAGAUUUUAACAUCAUAACUGUUACUUUUAACAGAGUUCCAUACCCAAAUGAAUUAAAAGGACUUAGUAUAUAAUUGGAUCCUGGUAAAUUGACUUUAAAUACAGAUUAUCAAAUAGUAUCUCAGCAGUAAGUAAGUAACACUAUCACUUUUAAUAUAUCUGUUGAAUAAAAUAGAAGAGUUAAUGAAAUAGUAGUUUAUUUUGGCAAUUAGAAAGAAAUAUUCAAGAUAUAGAAUGCUAUACUCACAACAAAUAAUUACAACAAUUCUUAGCAAAAUAUGCAGGCAAAAAUUGAUAGUGCUACAAAUGUUAGCAAAGUUCUUGUUUCUGGCAAAGGAAAUGGCUAUAUAGUUAUCCUUAUCCUAAAAUAAUUCCAAAUUUUAUGCUUUUUUUCAAAUUUUAUUUAAUUUUUUGGACCUUUGAUUUUAUUUAAGCAAUUUCUGCCUAAAAUGGUAUAUGUAGGUACAAUAUUAGCAUCUUCAUUUAUAUUCAAUUCUAUCCCAGAUGCUAAUUAGCUGAGUGCUAAUAUUUAGAACGAUACUUCUAGUCAAACAUAAGUUUCAUCUGAACAAAAUCUAUUGCAAGAUUUAGGAUUAUAAGAAAACUUAUACUCUUCCCUUCCUUUACCAAAUAUAUCUUUAAUUAUUACUAUAAUUAUUGUUGUCCUUUGCUGCUUUGCAAGAUGGAUUAUGAAAGGAAAAUAUACCACAGACAUAAAGGAUAAUCAAAGUUUUGUAGGAUUUAAAUUUAUUAUUAAUAAUUCUUUAAUUCCAGAAGAUUUCUACAUUGAGAAAUAGAAUAUAUUAGAUCUUAUGCAGAAAUCUACUUAAGAUUUAUCAACUUCGCAUGAACUAUUUUUAAACAAAGAUGAAAAACUACUUUUAGAUACAGAUUAACUGAUUAGUUGCAUUAAAGAUAAAACAAAAUGUUAAUUUUUCUAUCCAUUAAGGGAUUUCCAAAAUAAAUCUCUAAUCAAAAAGUUGAUUUAUUUUGGAGAUGAUUUUACUUUGAAUAAAUCAUAAGAUAAAAUGCCUAAAUAAAUGAAUAGUAUUGUUCAUCACUAUUUUGGCACGUAAAAAGAAAUUAAAAGCUAAAAAAUAAGAAUAUUACUUGAUUGCACUCUUGAAGGUUGUAAUAAUUGUGUAGUAGCUUUAGCCCAAAAUGUUUGUAAAGAAGAAUGCAUACCAGGAUAUUAUUCUAUUAAAUUUAUUUUAUUAUACAAAUGUAAAAAAUGCGAUUAAAGUUGUUUAGAAUGUGAUGGAGAAGGACCUAAUAAGUGUACAUCUUGUAAUUAAGAUUCAUAACUUUAUUAAAAUUAAUGUUGUUAAAUAAAAAACGGAGAAUUUUAUAAUUCAAAAACUAAUCAAUGUGAGAAAUGUCCAUAAAAUUGUUAAAUUUGUUAUGAACCUAAUAUUUGCAAUUAAUGCAAGGCUAACUUUGAAUUUGAUUAAUUAAAAUAAUGUGUAUGUCCUUAGAGUCAAUAAUACUUUGAUGAUUAAACCAAAUCUUGCUUAGAUUGUGAUAAAUCAUGCAAAACUUGCAAAUAAACUUCUAAGAGUUGUACUUCAUGUUAAGAUUUUCAAUUUUUAAACACUUAGAGUCUAACAUGUUAAAACUCUUGCGAUCAAGCUGGAUUUUAUGCUUUAGAAAAAAAUUGUUUACCUUGUGAUUCAGCAUGCUUAACUUGCUCUAUAUCUUCUAAAAAUUGCACUUCUUGUAAAUUUGGCUAAUUUUUAAAUAUUUAGUCUUAAACUUGUAUAGAUGUGUGCCCUACAAACGGCUUCUAUAUUGAGAAAUAAAAAUGCAUAACUUGUGAUUCUUCAUGUAGUACAUGCUCAGAAUCUUCUAAAUGUACAACUUGCGCAUAAAAUUUAUAUCGAUAUGGAGGAGAUAAUCUUUGCAAACCUUGCCAUGAAACUUCUCUUAAUCCUGCUAUUAUUAGUUAGUAAAUGUAAAAUUGUGCAAAAACUAUUCAAAAGUGUUUGUUAAAUCUUGAAACAAAAAUGUAUGAGUUAACUUCAAUAUGUUAGAAAUGUAAAGGUAAUUUUGUAUUAGCAAAUAAUAAAUGUAUUAAUCAUUGUUCUGACAUAGCAUAAAAUUAUGAAUAUAAUAAUAUUUUAUAAUAAUGCUAAUGUUCUUCUUCAAACCCCUACUAGCAUAAUUAAUCUAAUAAUAAUAUAUUUUGUUAUAAAUUUUAAUUACCUGGCUAUUACUGUGACUCAAAUAAAAUAUGCGAUCCAUGCUUAUAACCUCACUGUGAAGUUUGCAAUAAUCAGUAAAUAUGCACAAUUUGUUUAAAUGGCCAUUAUCUAUGGUAGAAUGAUUGUCUUCAAACUUGUGAAUCUAGUAAAGGCUUAGAGCCUUCUUAGUCUAAAAAAGAAUGUAUUUGCAUUUAAGACUAUAUUUUUUAUGCUCCUAGAAAAAUUUGUAUUUUAUAGCUCUAAAUAAGCCAAAUCUAACUUACAAAGGAUAUUCAAUAUAAUAUUAUAACUGUUAUUUUUAAUAGAGCUCCCUAUACAGAUGAAUUAAAAACAAUAAGGUUGAUAAUUGACCCUCCUAAGCUAAUCCAAAGUAAAGAUUAUACUAUCAUUUCAUAGUAAUAAAAUGAUAAUAAUAUAAUAUUCUAAGUCUCAGUUUAGCAAAAUAUUAAAAUCAGUUAAAUAGUUAUUAAUUAUAAUAAUAAACAAUCCAUCUACUAAGUUUAAAAUACAAUACUAACAUCUGAUUAUGUUAACAAUAAUUUACAAAAUAAACAAAGUGCUAUAAAUAAUGUAAAAAGCUUAGGAUAAAGCUUAUCUACAUAAGAAGGACUUCUUUAAUCUAUAAUUAAUAUUCUUAAAAACUUUUAAAUUUUGUGUUUGCUUUCUAACUUCGUUCAAUUAUUAGGUCCUCUAAUUGUUUUUAAAGAAUAAUUACCUUAGCCUAUAUAUACUGGAGCCCUUUUAGGAGCAUCUUUUAUAUUUACUGAAAUUCCAAGUCCAGAUGAACUGAGCACUAAUUCAAAUACAACCUCAAAUGAAGAUAUUGAUAACCAUAAGAAGCUUUUAUAAUAGCUAGGUUUUAAAGAUAAUAUUUAUCAAAAUUUAGCCCUACCACAUUUAUUGUUAAUUAUAUCAGUAAUUAUAUCUUUAUUAUGUCUAUUUGCAAGAUAGGUUAUAGAAGGUAAACAAUAUACUAUAACAGUAGUGAACUUCUUGGUUAAUAUUAUGUCAUAAUUGCACCAAGGAUAUAUUACUUGUACCUUACUUAGUAUAUAUUACUCUUUAGAAUACUCAUCUCAAAAAUAGUAUGCAAUAAUGCAAUUACAAGAGGAUGGAGAAGCUAUUUGA